AUGGGUGCGAACGCGUCGGCGCUGGAGAAGGAGAUCGGUUCGGAUCAGUUCCCACAGAACGAGCAUUACUUCGGUUUAGUCAACUUCGGGAACACGUGUUACUGCAAUAGUGUUCUUCAGGCCCUUUACUUCUGCCGUCCGUUUCGGGAGAAAGUGUUGGAAUAUAAGGCGAGGAAUAAGAGACAGACCCGCGAAACACUGCUCACAUGUUUGGCCGAUCUGUUCCACAACAUCGCCACUCAGAAGAAGAAGACGGGAACCGUUGCGCCCAAGAAGUUCAUCGGGAGGCUGAGGAAGGAGAACGAGGUGUUCGACAACUACAUGCAACAGGACGCCCACGAGUUCCUCAAUUAUCUGCUCAAUACGAUCGCAGACCUGCUUCAGGCGCCCGACCAGACAGAUAAGGCUAACCACACGUCUGGUCCCAUUCCGAACCCCAAUCCCAACCCGUGUUGGGUUAGAGACAUAUUUCAGGGAACGCUGACCAAUGAGACGCGUUGUCUCAACUGCGAGUCCCUGUCCUCGAAGGACGAAGACUUUCUGGACUUGAGUGUAGACGUGGACCAAAACACGUCAAUCACUCACUGUCUGCGAGUGUUCAGCAAUACAGAGACCCUGAGCUCAGAGCACAAGUACUACUGCGAGAACUGUUGCUCCAAACAAGAGGCGCAGAAAAGGAUGCGAAUUAAGAAACUGCCGAUGAUUUUAGCCCUUCAUCUCAAACGAUUCAAAUACACUGAAUCCCAGAACAGACACACAAAGCUCUCCUAUAGAGUGGUGUUUCCAUUAGAGUUACGGCUUUUCAAUAAGACAUCAAACGUUGAAAGCGAUGAUAAGCUCUACGAUCUCGUGGCGGUUGUGAUCCACUGCGGGAGUGGACCGAAUCGCGGCCAUUAUAUUAGUAUUGUUAAGUCAUUCGGCUUUUGGCUACUCUUUGACGACGACUUAGUCGACAAAAUAGACGCCUCAGCCAUAGAGGACUUCUAUGGUCUGCCCAGUGAUACACAGAAGACAAGUGAAUCCGGAUAUAUAUUGUUCUAUCAAAGCAGGGAUUGA